AUGUCUACUAACUCAUCAAGAACCCUUCAUGAUGAAGAGACGCUUUCCAUGAAGAAUAUUGAAGUGAUUGGAAGCCCUACACCAUCCUUACAUCAAGUACUAACCAACUCUGUGACUUCCAUGAGAAGAAGUGUGCAAUCGAUAUAUUCAGUCUCGGGAGGGUUGAAUUCUUCGGUAAAGCCUUCUGCUCGUUUAAAGAGGGUGAGUAAUGGCGGUCCAAUGGGAAGAGGGCUCGUUUCUUCCAAGAGCUUUAUUGCAAGUCCUGGUGUUCGACCUAUUGAAUUGGAAUCCAUCCGAGCUAAGAAGAAGCAACGAAAGGGAUUUUGUAGCAUUCCACUCACAGUUACAUGUCUAAGCGUUUCGCUUGUAUUUCUAACAACUCUCAUUGUGUGGGUUGUUUGUCUAGGUGUACAUUUUCAACUCUCAGCCAAUUCUACAAAUUCAUUCAUGUCUAGUCAAAAUGUUCAAACUGGUAGAGCUCUCCAGUAUGUUGUAAAUAGCCUAUCAAGAGAUUUGGAAGAUUUAAUCUCACAAUUGAAAAUUCACUCCAUAUCUCAAUCUCUUUCUUCCUAUUCCCAAGUUGAAUUGAUAAGAAACUUAUUAUUACAAAAGAAUAUUGUUCUAGGGCAUGAAAUUGGAGGAAUUUUCAUUUCAUAUGAUUCAUCUCAUGAUUUGAUUGCUACCAAGACUCUUUCAUCAAGUACUAUCAAUUUCCAAACAAUAAUUCAAUCAUUAUCUGACAAGGAGAAACUCUCUCAAGAGAUUGGUAUUGCUGAUGCUAAGAACUAUCUCAUUGAAAAAAAACUGACUAGCCUGCCAUCUGUAAAUACCUCGCUCAGUUCCCUCAUUGUCACAAAACCAAUACUUGCUCAAUUAUGUUCAGAGUCAACAUUAGAGAUGAAGAUUAUUUCUCCAACAACAAUUAUAGAGCCUGUAGUUUCCUCUAACAUUGGAGCCAUAUCCAAAAGACUGUACAAUUCAAAUAAUGAGUCAUAUGGAUGCAUUGGUUAUAUUUUGAGUGAGGACUACAUUAGAACAUUGUUAACAUCAGAUCCUCAAUAUGGAUUCGUUCUUGUUAAGAAUAACAAUCCACUGAUAACCACAACCUCACCUAAUUCAUACAAGAUUGAUUCUUCUUUCAUUUCAACCUUUACAGGAGCUGUGGUAAGAGUAGAUUUGGCCAGUUCUUCAUUGGUAUCUUCAGGUUUCUCCCUUCAAAAUAGUGUCUAUGAUGGUUUUUGGAAUUUGAUAAUGGUUAAAAGUUAUGAAGAUAACAGCAGCACAGGAUUCAUGGCCAUUCUUGUAAUGCUCGUACCAAUUGGUACUAUUGUGGCUGCUAUCACUUCUUUGAUGAUUGUGGAUAGGUGCUUUAUGAGAACCAUUAGACAGUUGACUGAUAGUUUCCGAGAUGUAAGAACCUUAAAAUUAAACUCAGAUGGAGUGAAUCAAUCUAUGGCCAUCAAAAGCAGCUAUAAAGAAAUUGCUGAUCUUGCUGAAAACUUUAGAGGCAUUCACUGUAACAUUACCAGUUUCACUAAAUACGUUCCAACUUGUGUAUCCCAAGAGUUGAUGACCAACAGAAAGACUGCAGUGCUAGGUCUUGAAGAUAUUCUAUGUGUUGUUUCAUUCCUUGAUAUUAAGAACUUUACUUCAUACAGUGAAAAGUUGACACCAAACCAGUUAGUAAGAGUCAUGUCAGAUGCAUUUGAAGGUCUCACCAGUUUGGUAUUAGAUGGUGGAGGAAUUCUGGACAAAUAUAUUGGCGAUUGUGUCAGUAAGUAUUAUUACUUCAUUCAGUGGAUUAUUUACAUUUGCAAGUGUCUGUAA